UCACCAUUCUCUACACAAAAACUCUCUCUAACUUUGGGCUUCUCUCGGAAUUUUGGCUAGUUUUUGAAGAAAAUGGAGGAUUAUGUCAACAAUCCCGCAAAUAUGCAUGAUUUUAGUUUAAUGAAUACGAAAGCCUUUGCGAACCUAAAAGGCUCUGGCGGUAACAUAUGGGAAGUCUUUGAAGUUUUAGAUGAUGCCCGACGUGCUAUUUUCAGAAAUACCGUCUUUGGCUAUUUUAUUGAUGUCCCUCGUUUACAAGGGGACGCUUUAUUGUUUCAUAAAAUGUUCCUUCAUCAGAUCCGGCCGGACCCUGUUUUAUCUCCAGAUGGAAUAAAACGUUUAUAUUUUCGAGUAGGCAAUACCAAAAUGGUUUAUGGGCCGGAAGAGUUUUGUUUGAUUACCGGCUUCAAUUAUGGGGAGUAUCCAAAAAACAUUGGGAGAAAAGGGUCGGAAAAAUUAAUAAGCAGUAAAAAAAGAUGUUUACUGCGUGAACGGCUAUUUCCGGACCAUACUAAUAGUUCGGUGAAAAUCGGCGACCUGAAAAGUUUAAUUUUAAAUCAAACAUUCCUAGCACUUGACGACCUUGAUGCAGUUAGAGUAUGUUUGAUAUACAUUUUGUGUGAAGGUUUUUUGGGCAAAGAAGUUAACGAUCGGGUGCCACAAGAUUGGUUUUAUUUGGCUGAGAAUUUGGAUCUCUGGAAUAGCUUCGCUUGGGGUAGCUAUCUAUGGGAUUUUACUUAUGUUGACCUUGAGGAUACGUGGAAUAAGAUACAUCAUUAUUUAUCACUUCCUGAGCGUGGUCAAACUUUAAAGUAUUCCGUCUCAGGAUUUACGGCUCCAAUUAGGGUAUAAAAAUUUUCUUAUAUUUAAAUUGUUUUAUUGUUAUAUUUUUUAUUUUAAUUUUAACUUUUAUUACUGUUAUUGUACAAAAUUGUAGAUAUGGAUAUAUGAGAUGAUUCCGGCUAUUCGUGCAUGUGGAUUUGCAUUGA